AUGUGGGCAUUGCUCAUUUGGGGUUCUCUGCUUCUCUUGAGCAUCACACAUUGGGUUUACAGUUGGAGGAAUCCCAAAUGCAAAGGAAAGCUUCCACCUGGUUCAAUGGGUUUCCCGCUGCUCGGUGAGACUAUCCAAUUCUUCAAGCCAAACACAACUUCAGACACCCCUCCUUUUGUCAAAGAAAGGGUUAAAAAGUAUGGCUCAAUUUUCAAGACCAAUCUCGUUGGGAGACCAGUUAUUGUAUCAACAGACCCUGAUUUGAGUUACUUUGUGUUUCAACAAGAGGGUCGUUGUUUCCAGAGUUGGUACCCAGACACUUUCACCAACAUCUUUGGGAGAAAGAAUGUGGGAUCACUACAUGGGUUUAUGUACAAGUACCUUAAAAGCAUGGUCUUGACUCUCUUUGGCUACGAUGGUCUCAAGAAGAUGCUUCCUCAAGUAGAGCUGACUGCAAAUAAGAGAUUAGAGCUUUGGUCAAACCAGGAAUCAGUAGAGCUCAAGGACGCAACCGCAAGCAUGAUAUUUGAUCUCACGGCGAAGAAGCUGAUCAGCCAUGAUCCAGACAAGUCAUCAGAGAAUCUAAGGGCCAACUUCGUUGCUUUUAUUCAAGGACUCAUCUCUUUCCCUUUUAACAUUCCAGGCACAGCUUAUCACAAAUGUCUUAAGGGUAGGGAAAGUGCAAUGAGAAUGCUGAGGAAUAUGCUUCAAGAGAGACGCAAGAAACCUCGGAAGAACCCAAGUGAUUUCUUUGAUUAUGUCAUUGAAGAGAUUCAGAAAGAGGGGACAAUUCUGACGGAAGAGAUUGCACUGGAUUUAAUGUUCGUCUUGCUAUUCGCCAGCUUCGAAACAACUUCUCUCGCUCUAACAUUAGCCAUCAAGUUUCUUUCAGACGACCCUGCAGUUCUAAAGCGUUUAACGGAAGAACAUGAGACGAUUCUGAGAAACAGGGAAGAUGCAGAGUCCGGACUUACAUGGGAAGAAUACAAGUCAAUGACUUACACAUUUCAGUUCAUAAACGAAACAGCAAGACUAGCAAACAUAGUUCCUGCAAUCUUCAGAAAGGCGUUGAUAGAUAUAAAAUAUAAAGAUUAUACCAUUCCAGCCGGCUGGGCGGUGAUGGUCUGUCCUCCAGCUGUACAUUUGAAUCCAGACAAGUAUGAGGAUCCUUUAGUCUUUAACCCUUCGAGAUGGGAGGAAUCAAACGGUAACAACGCAUCGAAGCACUUCAUGGCGUUUGGUGGAGGAAUGAGGUUCUGUGUUGGAACCGACUUCACCAAGUUGCAGAUGGCUGUGUUUCUUCACAGCCUUGUCACCAAAUACAGGUGGGAGGAAAUUAAAGGAGGGAACAUACUUCGAACUCCAGGAUUACAGUUUCCAAAUGGUUACCAUGUCAGACUGCAUAAGAAAUAG